UAGUGAACUGUGAAGUAGAAAGAUAUUCUGAGUUGGGGAGCUUGUUUCUACUUCUCAACUAUUCUACUUACUACUUGCUUUCCUCCAAUCGCACAAGCAUAAAUGCGUUCGCCGCCGAUCUCCAGGCGCCCUGGGGGUUCCGCCGGCCUGGGGAUUGCUGCGAUAGCGUACGUGGGUAUAGACUACCUCCGCCACCUGUCGCCGGCGUGGCACGAGCGCCUGCAGCCAGCUCUCUGGGCGGGGCUCGCUAUUGCCGCUGUAAUUCGCGUCCCAUUUUACAAGCACUGGUCGUUGGAGCUGCGGGCAGCUGUUCCUUUCAUUCUAUCCAUGCUUUUUAUGCUUUCUGCUCUUCUCUUUGAAGCGCUUUCAGUUCGCUCUGUUACCGCUGUUCUUGGCCUUGAUUGGCACAAUGGUACACCGCCUCUUCCUGAUGUUGGCCAGUGGCUGCUGCUGUCAUUGAAUGAGAAAUUACCUCAAGUAUUGGUCGAUUUAUUGAGAGCACGGAUAAUUGGAUUGCACCAUUUCUUGAUGUUGUUUAUAAUGCUUGGUUUCUCAGUUUUGUUCAACUCAGUUGAAGCCCCUGGUCUAGGCCUAGCUGCAAGAUAUAUGUUCACCAUGGGUAUUGGGCGGCUUCUUCGGGCAAUAGCCUUUAUAUCCACAAUUCUGCCUUCACCACGUCCAUGGUGUGCAUCAGCUCGAUUCCAAGUGCCUCCACAUCCACAUCCUUGGGCUCAGAAAUACUAUGUUCCAUAUGCUACCGAUUCUAAUGCUAUUCGUCGUAUUAUUCAACUUGAUGUAGCAUAUGCUGUGGCAGGGGAAUACGAGAUCGACUUCCGACCAAACUGGGGAAAUAUGAACUUUCUCGCUGAUUUUCUGCGGCCUACUGCUUCUGAGGGUUCUUCUUCAUGGUAUAAUCUUCUGAAAAAAGCUGGAGGUGGGUGCAACGACCUACUGUACAGUGGCCACAUGCUUGUUGCAGUCUUGACAGCUAUGGCAUGGACGGAAGCUUAUGGAGGGUUUUCCUCCGUGCUUAUCUGGAUGCUCGUGAUGCACAGUGCACAACGAGAAAUCCGUGAGCGCCACCAUUAUAGUGUGGACUGCAUUGUAGCCAUCUAUAUGGGUAUCUUUUUGUGGAAAAUGACCGGCCUGUUCUGGCCAAUCAAGGACACGUCCAGAGCCAGGCGGCUGAAUAAACUUGAGAAAAUUCAAAACAGACUAACUCAGGCAGCCAAAGACUCUGACAUGGAUGAAGUAAGGGAACUUCUUAAAGAGGUGGAGUUGAGCAGUCAGGUUAGCCAGAAACCUGGAAGUAGAGCAAUGUGGUUGUUUUCUGGUGCAACCAUUUUCUUUACAAUUGUUCUGGUCCUUCUUGCCUUCACAUUGACAAGCGAUGGCUGAUGCAUAUUAGUUCAAGGGUGAUGCUUCCACGAGACGGACGUUUAGGUAUAUGUACGUUGUGAGUGAGAAUGGCGCACGAAAGCGCCUUCAGGUAGAGUGUUUCUGCCUUAGCAUGGGACUAGAGGACACCCGUUACCCUUGUACUGUAACCGAAUGAUUGUUCUACUGCUCAAAUGUGGAAUUACCUUGUAGGUGAUGUCCGCAAGUUUUCUUGUAAGUUUGUUGUAACUUAAAUCUCAAACCUCUUGAAGGAUCCAUCGUAGGCAACAGAAUGUUCCUGUUCUAGAAGUUCAA